CUCUACGACGUGCUUCCCCGGCACAUCGCAGACGCUCUCAAGGAAGGCAAGAAGGUCGAGCCCGAGCACAGGGAGAUCGUCACCAUCUUCUUCUCCGAUAUCGUCAACUUCACUCUCCUCAGCGCUUCCCUGCCUCCUGCCAAAGUCUCCGACAUGCUCGACUCGCUCUACUCUCAGCUGGAUGCCCUAGCGAAGCAGCACGGCGUCUUCAAGCUCGAGACCAUCGGCGACGCCUACAUGGCCGUGACCAACCUGGUGGAGAAGCAGGAGGAUGAGCACGCAGUAAGGAUGGCCGCCUUUGCCCUCGCAGCCAUAGAAGCAGCGGCCUCUAUCCCCUUGGACCGAGAGCGUCCGGAGGAAGGAAGCAUCCAGCUUCGAGUUGGAAUUCACUCAGGGCCAGUAGUGGCGAGUGUGGUAGGGCGACAGCGACCCAAGUACACGCUGUUUGGGGAUACGGUCAACACAGCAUCUAGGAUGGAGUCGAACUCCUUUCCUGGUAGGAUACAGUGCUCUCAGGUGAGCAAA